GUCAAAAAAUCAACAUUUAUUUGCAAAAAUAAGAAAUCAGUAUUUGGAAAGAACAAAAUGGGAGAUUAUGAUUCGGAUGAUGAGAAAUCACAAUUUGAGAAGCUGCGCUAUGCCAAGGUGCCGCGCGGCAUGUUUGUGAGCGGUUGGGAUGAUGAUACCGAUGGUGUCGAGGAGGACAAAAAUCCACAAGCGAGCAUUGAACGCAUGAUAUUGUGGGCCGUGAGUGAGAAUCGUCUUAGUGAGGUGCGCGAAAUUCUUCAACUGGAUGCGGAUACCGUCAAUGCCAAGGACAACGAUGGGUACACGCCGCUGCACCGCGCUUGCUACAACAAUUUCUUAGACAUUGCAAGACUCUUGCUCCAGUAUCAGGCUGACCCGAACGCACGCACCGAGCUCGGUUGGACUCCAUUGCAUUCGGCUUGCAAAUGGAGUCAUCCCGAGAGUGUGCAGCUCCUGCUGCAAUUUGGCGCUGAUGUAAAUGCCGAAUCAGAUGGACAGCAAACGCCGCUGCAUGUAACAGCCACCGUUUCCAAUUGCAGGAAUGCUGCAACUAUUCUACUCAUGGAUCGCAAUAUCCAACCACGCAAGGAGAACAACACCGAGGAAACGGCCGCAGUUAUCGCACGUCGCACUGGCAUGAGCUACUUCGUCUUUGAGAUUGCCAAUGAGGCCUACGACUGCAUCACCGGGCUAAUUGACUGAAAAGUCAUUUGGUUUUUUAUUAAAUAUAAUACUUAAUGUUAGUUCAUAAAUUA